AUGUCACAAGUUCAAGAACAGCAUGUAUCAGAGUCGCAGCUUCAGUACGGAAACGGUUCAUUGAUGUCUACUGUACCAGCAGACCCUUCACAGUCCAUCGUUGAUGGAAGCGGCAAUAGUGGCGGUGGUGAAAUUGCGGAAACCAACGGCUCCGCCGUUGGUGCCGGGUUGCCGAAGCACGAUCAAAUGCAGGGCGAGGUGGAGGACGAAGAGUUCGAUGAAGCUGCGUUGGGUUCGUUCGUGCCUAUCGAAAAGUUGCAAGUGAACGGAAUCACUGCGGCAGACGUGAAAAAGCUAAGAGAGAGUGGGUUGCAUACGGCUGAAGCGGUAGCGUAUGCUCCCAAAAAGGCUUUAAUGGAAAUUAAAGGUAUAUCUGAGGCGAAAGCAGAGAAGUUGCUGAACGAGGCCGCACGGCUAGUGCCCAUGGGGUUUGUCACCGCGGCAGAUUUCCACCUGAGAAGAUCGGAACUGAUUUGUUUGACUAGCGGGUCCAAGAAUCUAGACACUCUCUUGGGUGGUGGAGUAGAAACAGGUUCCAUUACCGAGCUGUUUGGUGAAUUCAGAACAGGUAAGUCUCAACUGUGUCACACUUUGGCAGUAACUUGUCAAAUCCCACUAGAUAUUGGUGGCGGUGAAGGUAAAUGUUUGUAUAUCGACACCGAAGGUACUUUUAGACCCGUGAGAUUGGUGUCCAUUGCUCAGCGGUUCGGAUUGGACCCGGAUGAUGCCUUGAACAAUGUUGCUUAUGCAAGAGCCUACAAUGCAGACCAUCAGCUGAGACUGCUGGACGCGGCUGCUCAAAUGAUGAGUGAGUCCAGGUUCUCUUUGAUCGUGGUGGAUUCUGUCAUGGCUCUUUACAGAACGGAUUUUUCCGGUAGAGGUGAGCUAAGCGCCAGACAAAUGCAUUUGGCCAAAUUCAUGCGUGCCCUACAAAGACUGGCCGACCAAUUUGGUGUCGCCGUCGUCGUUACUAACCAAGUCGUCGCCCAAGUCGAUGGUGGCAUGUCUUUCAACUCAGACCCGAAGAAGCCAAUUGGUGGUAACAUUAUGGCCCAUUCUUCCACCACACGACUUGGUUUCAAGAAAGGUAAAGGAUGUCAAAGAAUAUGUAAAGUCGUGGACUCGCCUUGCCUGCCCGAGGCCGAGUGUGUAUUUGCAAUCUACGAAGACGGUGUCGGUGACCCCAGAGAGGAAGACGAAUAA